ACCAAAACAUCUUUCCGAAAGUUGACGUGGAAGCCUAUUUGUGCACAAUGGCUGAUACAAAAGUAGAACUUUCGGCUGACAGCUCCAAUGUAAUGCAGAAUUCAAAUGCGUCUUCUCAGCCCAAUAACCCGCUGUCAAGGAAACUUAACAAAAUACUGGACACGAGACUUGACAACGACAAGGAGAUGCUGGAGGCUCUGAAGGCGCUGUCAGUGUUCUUCACCGAGAACAGUUUACGCACCAGGAGAAAUCUUCGCGGUGACAUAGAGAGGCGUAGUCUGACCAUCAACGAGGAGUUUGCACGAAUAUUUAAAGAAGUGAAAGAGGAGCUUGAAAGUGUCCACGAGGAUGUCCAGGCAAUGAGCACGUGUUGUGAAGAAAUGACAAGCAGAUUAAAGGCUGCGAAAGAUCAAACUCAAGACCUCAUCGUGAAAACCAACAAGCUGCAGGGAGAAAAUCAGCGCCUGGAGGUGAGGGCUCAGGUCGCGCAGGCUUUUCUCGCCAAGUUCCAGCUAUCUAAUGAGGAGAUGGCCACCCUGCGAGGGGCUCGGGAUGCUCCCAUUUCUGAGGAUUUCUUCAAAGCCCUCAGCCGGGUGAAGCACAUCCACGAGGACGUAAAAAUCCUCCUGCGAACCAACCAGCAAACUGCAGGGUUAGAGAUCAUGGAGCAGAUGGCAGUGUUACAGGAGACAUCAUACGAGCAGCUCUACCGCUGGGCUCAGAAUGAAUGCAGAGGACUGACCCAGGAGACGUGUGAUAUCAGCCCUGUGUUGACUCAAGCCAUGGAGGCCUUACAGGACCGACCCGUCCUCUACAAGUACACCCUGGAUGAGUUUGGGACGGCACGCAGGUGUGCCGUGGUGCGAGGCUUCAUCGACGCCCUCACCCGCGGUGGGCCGGGAGGAACUCCCCGCCCCAUAGAGAUGCAUUCACACGACCCUAUGAGGUAUGUUGGGGACAUGCUGGCCUGGCUGCACCAAGCCACUGCCUCAGAGAAGGAGCACCUGGAAGCACUGCUGAGACAAGUCACUCUACAAGGUGUGGAGGAGAACAUGCAGGAGGUGGUCGGACACAUCACAGAGGGAGUCUGCAGGCCGCUGAAAGUUCGGAUAGAACAGGUCAUCGUGGCAGAGCCGGGUGCUGUCCUGCUGUACAAGCUGUCCAACCUGCUGAAGUUCUACCACCACACCGUCAGCUCCAUUAUUGGGACCAGUGCCGCCUCUUUGCUCAUCACUAUUGAGGAAAUGCACUUCCUCAGCAAAAAGAUGUUCUUCAACAGCCUGAGCCUUCAUGCAAGUCGACUCAUGGACAAGGUGGAGCUGCCACCUGCAGAUCUGGGACCUACAGCCUCCCUCACUCAGACGCUGUCCCUCCUCAGGGAGGUGCUGGCCUCCCACGACUCCUCCGUAGUUCCUCUGGAUGCCCGCCAGGCUGACUUUGCUCAGGUUCUAUCUUGCAUCUUGGAUCCCCUCCUACAGCUGUGUACUGUGUCAGCCAGUAACCUCGGCACAGCUGACAUGGCGACCUACAUGGUCAACUCGCUGUAUGUCAUGAAAACCACGCUGGCGCUCUUUGAGUUCACUGACAAGAGGCUUGAGAUGCUCGAGUUCCAGAUCGAGGCUCACCUUGACACCCUAAUCAACGAGCAGGCGUCCUACGUGCUGACCAGAGCCGGGCUGAGUUACAUAUACAGCUGUGUCCAGCAGCACGGCGCUGAGCAGGGUCCUCUGUCCCUCCUCCCCAGCAUGGACAGCUCUUCUGUGAAAGCAGCGAUGGUCCAGUUUGAUCGAUACCUGUCGUCGCCCGACACGCUUGUGAUGCCGCAGCUCAACUUCCUGCUGAGUGCAGCCAUCAAGGAGCAGAUUUUCCGUCAGUCGACAGAGUUGGUGUGCAGAGCCUACGGGGAGGUUUACACGGCUCUGACCAGCCCAACAAACGCCUACAAGGACCCUGAAAACCUGCUACCCAGAUCCCCUCAGCAGGUUCAGACCUUGCUUUCCUGAGAGACACUUUUGUGCCACCUCGCUGAUCUCAAAGGCAGCAGGCGAGCCCCAGCGGAGGACUGGCUGCAGGUUAUUUAAAGAGCCAUGUAAUUUGUACAGUAUAAUAACACAAAUGUAUAUGAAAGUUGAUGUAAAGGUGGGGUUCUCUCUGGGAAAUGUGGGAUGUGGGUGUAUAUAGAGCCGUGUGUGUGCCAGGGGGAAAAAACAUUACAUGUAUGUGAUGCACUUACUUUCACUGCUGCAGGCGUUUGCAUUUAUUUCUCUCUGUAACGCAUACAUGUCUCUUUGUUUCCAUUUGUUUUUACACAAUGCAACCCUUUUGGGUUCCGUAAUUAUAGAAAACAAAGUCUUUUUAUUGAAAAAAUUGAAUAUUAUAUAAAACAAAAGGAAACGCAGGAUUUAAGAGGCUUGUCUUAUUUUUAAAAGUGGUUGGGAAAAGUUGUGCGACAAUGCCAAGGGGAACCUCAGAGGCUUCAGUACAAACGUCAUGUUUAUUUUUAUCCAACUGUUUUGGGUUGUAGGGAUAAAAUGGAAAAUCAGUCUUA